CUUUCUUGUUGGUUCCUGCCCAUUCAUCCUUUCUCGUGUGAAGCUUAUCGCGUGGAGGCGUGCCAUAGAUUUGCAGUUUGUUAUAAUCGAAUUUCAUCCGUGAUUUUUCGUAAAAAUCCUCAACAAAAACUGUAACCAUGCCUCCUAAAUUUGAUCCAAAUGAAAUCAAGAAAGUGUAUUUGCGAUGUGUUGGUGGUGAAGUAGGAGCCACUUCGUCUCUUGCUCCAAAAAUUGGUCCUCUUGGUUUGUCUCCCAAAAAAGUUGGUGACGACAUCGCUAAGGCUACCAGUGAUUGGAAAGGCCUGAAAAUCACAGUUCAGUUGACUAUUCAAAAUAGACAAGCUACAAUCUCGGUUGUACCAUCCGCGGCUUCUCUAAUAAUUAAAGCACUGAAAGAGCCACCCAGAGACCGCAAAAGACAGAAGAAUAUUAAACACAGUGGCAAUUUAUCGUUCGAUGAUAUAGUUUCCAUUGCUCGUUCUAUGAGAUCAAGGUCGAUGUCACGAACACUUAGUGGUACUGUCAAAGAGAUCUUGGGCACAUGUCAGUCGGUCGGAUGCACCGUGGAAGGCAGGCCACCCCAUGAUCUCAUAGACGAUAUUAACGCCGGAGAACUGGAAGUUUCUGAGGAAUAAUUUUUGACUUUUGUAAGGUGCGAAAAUAAAAUAUA